UAUACCUACUCCACUCCAUUCCAUUUUUUUCAAAUUUUUGCAGGUCGAGGUCGGACAUGCUUGUUUGCUGCUCCUUGUAAAUGGUUAUGCUUAUGUAAACAACACUGCCGACUAAAAUAGUAAUGCAAUGCAACUACAACCACCCUUUGAAUUGAAUGUUUGGUGACAUUUUCAGUGUUUUCCACUUCAACUAACACACCCUACCGACAAGAGAUUACAAAGAAUCAGACCACUGAAUCAUCACUUUUGCAGCUGCCAUUCACAUACCCAUCAAAUUUCAUCCCAUUUCUCCCAAGUACGAGAACUGAAGACCAUCUGAAAGUGAAAAUUUCAUUGGGUUUCUGGAGAGGUAUAAAGGCAUUGGAAAAUACUUCAGAGUGCUUUUGGGACUGGAGUUUUUAGCAUAUGUUUGAUCUUUAUAGCGACACAGCUGAAAAAAAGUUGCGAAAAUGUUGGGUGACACUGAUCGACUCUCAGAACUGAGAACAUCAAAAGACCAAAUACUCACAGACUCUGGGUCUGAAUUCAGUGAUCACGAAGAAGAGGAAAAUUGUUCGGAACAGAUACUUUACUCGGUUUCCUUUGAAGAACUUGCGCGCAACAGUAUUAAAUAUGAUACAAUCAUAUGGCUUUCUAUAUCAUUUCUGCUUGUAUUAGCUUGGGGGGUUGGCCUUUUAAUGUUGCUUUACCUUCCCUUUAGGAGAUAUGUACUUCGAAAGGAUUUCGCUUCUCGCAGAUUAUAUGUUACACAAACUGAAAUAGUUUACAAGGUGUCAAGGCCUUCGUUUAUACCGUUUUGGGGGACCAUAACAAUUGAGAGGCGCGUACCUCUUUCUUUGGUGAUUGAUAUUAUUAUUGAACAAGGUUGUGCGCAGUCUAUAUAUGGUGUCCACACUUUUCGAGUUGAAAGUAUUGCUCAUGGAAAGGCUGCUCCUGUAGAUGUACUGCAGCUUCAGGGAGUUUCGGACCCCAAUCUUUUGAGAAAGGUGAUCAUAACAGAAGCUUCUAAGAUCUCAGGAGAUUUAAGCAAAAGUUGGAAGCAUAUUGCUCCAAGCAUAGACGUGGAAAACAUUGCUCGUAUGCCAGCGACAACGGAGGGACUGGGCGUUUCGAAACCACCAUCUACAAGUCAUAAGGUGAUAGGCUCGCCGCGUUCUUCUUCAGUAAAGCGCAGAAUAGGCGGAGGAUUGCUUCUUAAUAAACUAGAAGAAGUCAGUAAAUCAGCAAAGAGACUCGAGCUGCUUAUCGAGAAGUCGCACGGUUCCCUCGUUGCUAGCUGAAGUAUGUCAUAUGCCAGUCCUGCAAGAUUUGAAUUGAUUUGUAGUUUUCACAUUAGUAAUACCUUGUUUAUAUAUAAGGAAAUACAAAAUGAUAUUGUAAUUAUUUUUGUGCUCUCCCUCUUGAUUGUAUAGAAUGAUGGCUAAAGAACUAGUACUAGUAGAUUGUAGCACCAAUGACACAUUCGUGUUAGUAUCGGUCAUAGACACGACACCGACACUUUCAAUUUAUUUAUUUUUUCAAAUUAUUAUCGGUGUCGACGUAUGAAUGUCGAUGCUCUGUCCUUAUAAUUUCCACCUUUUAAUUACAUGCACCUAUCUCUGGUCCUUUAAGAAAAAUCGUAGCAGUUGGAUUAAUCUAAUGACUAAGAAUUUUGAUCUCUCAACCAUUGGAUUAAUCCAUUGAAUGUAACAUUUUCCUAGAGAGAUAUAUGAGUUUGUAGAGGAUCCA